AUGGCGCCCUCUUUCAUGACCAUUGACACCAACGACACGGACAUGGACUUCUCACCGUCCAAGCCCGUGCAGGCCAAGCGCACCCUCCUACUCGCUCCCCCCUCCAUAGCCACCCAAGAGGACAAACUCCGCGGCCUCUUCACGACCUUCGACCGCUCAAUCACAGACCUCCAAAUGCUCGACCGUCUCUCGGCUGGCUUCGUCUCCCUCCCCGCAUCCACCUACGACCUCGUCCUCGUCCUCACCGACUCAGACGGCACUCGGCGCUCCGAGGCCCUCAAGCUCCUCACGCGGGAUGUCUACACAACCCUCGUCCCUUCAAUGAAGCCAGGUGCCAAGCUUCAAACUCAAGAUUCUACCAUCAAUGCCUCCGACUCCAUGGAAGCCAUUCUGGCCGGACUCAUCCAGUCCGAUACCGGCUUCGAGAAGCCAAACUUCGAACCCACAGCCGCAGUGCCUCUGAAGUUCGGUCUGAAGAAAAAGAACAAGCCCGCCAUGGCUCCCGUCACAGCGCCCGUCACAGCUAUCCCGACUGGGUUCGCCGCACCAACGAUUAAUGGCGCCACGAACCACGACCGCGAGGACGAGGACGAGGACGAGCUCAUUAAUGAAGAUACACUUCUCAACGAGGAGGAUUUAACGCGACCCAUAAUGCCUCAGUGCCAGCCCAAGACCGGACGCCGCCGACGAGCCUGCAAGGACUGUACCUGCGGUCUUGCCGAUAAACUGGAAGCAGAGGACAAGGAGCGCCGCGCCAACGCCGAUAAAGAACUAAACGUCAUGAAGCUGGAUACGGGUGAUCUCGCCGAAUUGGACUUCACCGUCGAGGGCAAGACAGGUUCUUGCGGAAGCUGCGCCCUUGGUGAUGCUUUCCGCUGUGACGGAUGUCCUUACAUGGGUCUACCUGCCUUCAAGCCUGGACAGGAGGUCCAGAUCCUGAAUGAUGUCGCUCAGUUCUGA